GAAAACGUUGCCCAACGCGGCGGCCAUAUGUCAACAAUACUUCAGCUUCCGCAGGAGUCAAGGCGAGAGCAUCGGCAACUUCUUGGUCAGGGAGACCUUGGUUCACGAGGAGUUCGUCGAGGCCAUCUCCCGCCUCUACGAGGAGAAGCAGGGCAUCAAGGAGGACCAACGUGAUUUCGGUUUGCCAGAACCAGAGCCAGAGGAGCGAGAAUGGUGGUAUGGUUCUGGUGAGGAUGGUUGGUACGAAGAUGAUGGAGCGGAUGGAGAUGGUGCGGAGAUCGACACCGGCCUCCCGUCUGCUACCCCGAGCGGCCCUGAUCCUGUGCCAGCAGAGCCGGUGCGAGUCAUCUGGAUGACAUCAGCUUUGCCGACUCCUUCUUGCUUGGAGUUCUACGAGGAGAAGCGCGACAUCUUGAGCACGAGUCGGAAUUCCUUGGAGUACGAGGUCAUUGCCAGUGCUCUUCAGACGCUUUGGGAUGAACAGUUCCUGGGGCAGCGAGGUUACGGCGGCCCCCCUGGGCCCUAUCAGGCGCACUACAUGGACGAGAAGGACGACGACCACCUCUAUUACAUGAAUGACGAUGAUUGGUGGGAUCACAACGAGUGGUGGUACGAGGACUACUACGCUGCGGGCGACUGGUGGGAUCAUGGAGAUUGGGAAGAUGACGAUCGUGACCCUCACGAAGGUCUUCAAGCUACCGGCGGCGAUCAGACUGAUCCGGAGCUUCAGGCCCAGCUGACCGAAGCACAGAAUGCAGAGCGAAUCGCGGAGAGCCUGGCCAUUGAGGCUCAAAGGUCUUGGUCUGAUGCUCAGAGAGCUACUCAAGCUCUUCGUCGAGACCGUGGCUUUGGUGCAAACCCACCACCUCCAGGGGGUGGUCCACGAUGUUACAAUUGUGGCGGUCGUCAUCUACUACGUGAGUGCCCGGAGCGACGUGGUUCUUCCUUUUCCAAGGGCGCUGGUGGUGGCAAGGGCAAGUUCAAGAACUUCCAGACCACCUUGGAUGACUUCUACCAGAAGGGCAAGGGGAAGUCCAAGGGCAAGAAAGGGUUCUGGAUGGAUGCUCAGGCUCUCUGGCCAAAGGGCAAGGGCAAGGGGAAGUCGAAGACCAAGGACUUCUCCGGACGCUCCGUGAAUGCGUAUGCGGCAAUGGACUACUUCGUUGGUGGCCUGGAGAUGAAGGACGUGAAGGAAGCUCACGCGACUUCGACUGCGGAGCCUUCUCUCGCUGAGCGUGGCAUGUUGGACUGUGGUGCCACCGCCUCGGCGGCUCCAGAAGCGGUUGUACAGUCCUUGAUUUCUUCAGUGCUAGCCCAUGACAGGAACGCAAGGAUUGAGAUGGACCAGUCUGCGCGGCCAUACUUUCGUUUCGGCAACGGCAAGUGGGGGAGAGCCUUGUGUAGAGUAACGCUACAGAGCUGGGUCUCAGGGUCUACACGAAGUUUCUCCUUGUUCAUUUUACCGAACCCUGCCGAGUUCUACCAAGCCAACUUCGAUCGAUCUGCACUAGUACCCAUCCUGAUAGGAUUGGACUUCCUGGGACCCGAAGGUAAUGGAAUGCUCAUUGACUUUUCUACUGGCCUAGCCAUGAUGUCGAAGGAAUCCAAUCCCGAAAUCUUCCAGCUCAACAUCAACCACAAGGGCCAUCUCACCUUGGACAUUGUUCAGUACUUAACUAAGGGCCAUCGAUGUCUUGAAGGCAACGCUCAUGUCGUAGUUCGUGAAGCCUGCAGUAAGCCUGGGAGCGAGUUGUCACAGCAGAUGCUUGAGCUCUGGACAGUGUGGGUCGAUCUGAAUGUUUGUGAUCAACAGUUGCAAGACCGUGAGCUUGAGCAGUCUCGAACUCAUCUCUGUGCGAUGGCAGCCUCCACGAGUGCUCCCCCGGAGAUCGACCCCGAGACCGAGCAGAUCUUGAUCGCAGCCGCGAAGGCAAAGAGUCAAGCAAGGAAGAAAGCACGAUCCCCCGAUCCAUCGAGGCGCAUGAAGGCCGACCCGAGGGAUCCCCGCAGUCAGCCGCAACAGUGGCCAUGCUUCGGGAAACACCGCCCCGGUGCUCCUCAGUCGAACGCCCACGGCGAAUGGAUCCACUGCGAGUGUUGCAACCUGAGACUCUUGUACACGCCAAGGAAGGGAUCCCCGGCCAACAGCACAGCGACCAACAAUGGGCCAAUGGUGACACUCAUGCUUCGGGAACUUCAACAGCUGCUGGGGACAACACGUCCCACAGCCAAGGUGUGCCACCGCAUGAUGAACAAGAUCACAGCCGAGGCAGUUCUGGCCAAGUCCAUCAAGGAUCUCAAGGACAAGGCGGUUCCCGGCGAGUACGCUUCGUCGACGAGCACGACGUGGGGCAUGGUGGAGAACCAGCUCACCCACGAAGAGGAGCUGAUUGCGGCGCUCGAGGCGGAGCGCGACCAAGCCAUGUGA